AUGGGUUCACUUUUAAGAGCCCAAGCGAAAAAUACAGACCAAAAUAUGGGCAACCAAAGGAAGCCAAAGACCUUGCACCAUGAGCGUCAAAAAGUUUUUGUUGACAAUGUCCACAAGCCUGGAGAUCGUAUUGGUCUUGUUCAUGUUCCAGAAUAUAGCAAUGUAAUUACAGACUCGUCUUUAUUAACAGACACACAAAUCCUUGCUGAGGUACUGAAAGUAACAGAAGAAAAAACACAAGCAUUGAUAGACAAAUAUGCUUUGAAAAUGGAGGAACUGCGACUUAGUGGAUACGUAAAACAACAAAACAGAACUCCAGGAGAGGCUAUUUUAGAAGCUGUAAAGGAAGAGAGAGCAGAUCUGUUGAUUUUAGGAUCAAGAGGUCGGGGAUUUAUUCGUAGGACGUUUUCAGGAAGUGUUAGUGACUAUUGUCUCCACCACUGUAAUGUCCCUGUCAUAGUGUGUAGACAAAAAAAAAUCAAAGCAUUCUCAAGACCAAGGCAAACAAUGAUGACGAAGGACUUCUUCAUCACAGAACACAAUAAUUCAAAACAUCCAGAAGGAUUAACGUAG